AUGGACCGAGCCGCGCUCGAUUGGCACAGUCGGGAGCGCGUGGAUACCGGAGACUGGAGCGGCCGUGCGAGACCAGUGCGUUCCGUCCAGGCAGACCAUUCCGCUCUCCCUCACACCCACGGCGGACACAUUCCCCGGCACAGGCCGCCGAGAAGCACUGCUCCGCGGUUCAUGCCCCUCCUAAAGAAACCAUAUCCUUCAAUUGUCCAUGAUAUUGACUGUGUGUUAAGGCAGGUACAGAUUGAUCAUGAUAUUGACUGUGUGUUAAGGCAGGUACAGAUUGAUCAUGAUAUUGACUAUGUGUUAAGGCAGGUACAGAUUGAUCAUGAUAUUGACUGUGUGUUAAGGCAGGUACAGAUUGAUCAUGAUAUUGACUAUGUGUUAAGGCAGGUACAGAUCGAUCAUGAUAUUGACUGUGUGUUAAGGCAGGUACAGAUUGAUCAUGAUAUUGACUGUGUGUUAAGGCAGGUACAGAUUGAUCAUGAUAUUGACUAUGUGUUAAGGCAGGUACAGAUUGAUCAUGAUAUUGACUAUGUGUUAAGGCAGGUACAGAUUGAUCAUGAUAUUGACUAUGUGUUAAGGCAGGUACAGAUUGAUCAUGAUAUUGACUGUGUGUUAAGGCAGGUACAGAUUGAUCAUGAUAUUGACUAUGUGUUAAGGCAGGUACAGAUCGAUCAUGAUAUUGACUAUGUGUUAAGGCAGGUACAGAUCGACCAUGAUAUUGACUGUGUGUUAAGGCAGGUACAGAUCGACCAUGAUAUUGACUGUGUGUUAAGGCAGGUACAGAUUGAUCAUGAUAUUGACUGUGUGUUAAGGCAGGUACAGAUCGAUCAUGAUAUUGACUGUGUGUUAAGGCAGGUACAGAUCGAUCAUGAUAUUGACUGUGUGUUAAGGCAGGUACAGAUUGAUCAUGAUAUUGACUGUGUGUUAAGGCAGGUACAGAUUGAUCAUGAUAUUGACUGUGUGUUAAGGCAGGUACAGAUUGAUCAUGAUAUUGACUGUGUGUUAAGGCAGGUACAGAUUGAUCAUGAUAUUGACUGUGUGUUAAGGCAGGUACAGAUCGAUCAUGAUAUUGACUGUGUGUUAAGGCAGGUACAGAUCGAUCAUGAUAUUGAAGGCUUGGUUCAUACAAAAUGUCCAUGCUAAUUAAAACAAACAGUAAAUAAUAGCCUGGUUCAGAAAACGUAAUCCAAAGAAAAGCACAAAAACUAAAUUAGCAAGACAAGGCUGGGAC